AUGCAGAGCUAUAGUUGGCUAAUUGGCGCUUUGACGGCGCUGGCCGCCGCCUCCGCGACUCGGGCCGCGCCCGCCCAGACGCAGCAACUGCAGCCGUCGGCCACGCAGCUGGCGCUGGACAUGUACCAUGGCUGUCUCAAGGAUCUGAGCAUCUCGUGUGUGCGUCCCAAGGCGCUGCAGUGGUUCAACGCAGCGCUGCAGCAGCCGGAGGUGAGGCUGACCGAGCGUCUGUCCCUGGUGCGUCUGGCCGAGUCCGAGGCGGAGCCGAGCAGACGCAGCUCAGGUCGCAGCGCCGAGCAGCAGCUGUUCGAUGGCAUUGACAACUAUUUGGCGAGCCAUGCGCUGAGAAUUCAGGCGCCCGAGUAUUUCCGCAGCUCCGAGGCACGCGCCCUGGUGCCCGAUUUUCUACUGGAGAAUCCGCUGACCCAGGGCGGCCUGGUGCCGCUCGCAGCUGCCAAUGAGGGACGCGGCAUGAUACGCAAGGCUGUGCUGCCCUUCCUGCUGGGCCUGAAGCUGAAGACCACCGUGCUGAUGCCGCUGGUUCUGGGCCUGAUCGCACUGAAGACCUGGAAGGCGAUGACACUGGGCCUGCUCUCGCUGGUGCUGUCCGGCGCUCUGGUUAUAUUCAAAAUAGCCAAGCCCAAGAUUGUUAACUACGAGGUGGUGCACUAUCCGCACCAUGUGGAUCAUGUGGUGCCGCAUCACAUUGAGCACAUUGUGCCGCAUCACAUCGAUCAUCAUCAUCUGGAGCAUCAUCUGGAUCAUCAUCUGGACCAUCAUCUGGAUCAUCAUGUGGAUCUGCCGGUGGAGCAUAUUGAGCACUUGGAGCAUCCGGCGCCCGCCUGGGAUCCGCACGCCUGGGCACGUUCCUCCCAAGAGCCGCAAGACGCCCAGGACAUGGCCUAUGCGGGCCAGAAGAGGCGUUGA